AUGGUCCUCCGUCUCCGCCUCGCCCGUGUCGCAACACCCGGUGGUGCACGUCGCCACGCCCCAAUCUACAACAUAGUCCUCGCCCAAGCCCGCACAGCCCGGGACUCGCUUCCCCUCGAAGUCCUGGGAACAUACAACCCCAUCCCCACUCUACCAGAGGGAUUCAGCGAGAAGGAUGUGAAGGAGGGGAAGGCAAGAAAACAGAAGGAUAUCAAGGUCGAUGUGGCUAGGGCGAAGUAUUGGCUCGGUGUGGGUGCGCAGCCGAGUAAUACGGUCUGGAGGCUGCUGAGUCUGAUUGGACUACUGGAGCCAAAGUACCUGCCUACUGGACCGCAGACGGAGAAAGCGCUUAAAGCUGUGAGGUUCCCUACUCAUGUGCCCAGUAGCAAAACCGCAGCUGGGUCAGAAGCGACUGAAGAGGGCGUGGUUACCCAGGCCAUCCGGGAAGCAGCAGUGGCAAAAGGAUGUUUAAUCAGCACCAUGGUACGCUACCAAGAAUAG